AUGGGCUCCUAUACACGUAGCGGGAGACGUUAUGAUACAGUAAGCGAGAAGGCACAACCCGUAAAAGGAAAAGCCCCAAUGGUCGAAGAGAUGAAGGAAAAAGUGGCCAAAUUUGAACUUCCUAUUAAUAAGCUAGUUAAUGAAGAGGAGGCUAAGGAGUUUUUAAAAUUCCUAAAGCACAGCGAGUACAGUGUGGCAGAACAACUACGUAAACAACCAGCUCGUAUCUCAGUGCUAGCCGUACUCCUAAGUUCAGAAGUCUACCGCAGCGCGCUGAUAAAUGUCUUGAAUGAAACAUAUGUUGCCAAUGAUAUCUCCGUCAACAAGCUAGACCGCUUAGUUAUCAACAUAAGUGCCGAUAAUUUUAUUUUCUUCAAUGACGACGAGAUACCACCCGGUGGCAGAGGGUCGACUAAAGCUUUACACAUUACCACGCGCUGUAAGGGGUAUACGUUGCUAGGCGUACUGAUUGACAACGGGUCGGCUUUGAACGUCCUGUCAUUGACUACACUAAAUAGAUUACCCAUAGACAGCUCUCACAUGAAAGAGUGUCAGAACAUAGUGAAAGCUGUCGAUGGUACGGAGAGCAGGGUGAUAGGCAGAAUUGAGGUACCUCUUCUGAUCGGGCCAAACACAUAUGAGGUGGAUUUCCUAUUGAUGGAUAUCAAACCCUCAUACAACUGCUUGUUAGGGAGGCCCUGGAUACAUUCAGUUGGGGCAGUUCCUUCAUCGUUGCAUCAAAAGUUGAAGUUAGUUUUCGAGGGGCGGUUGAUAACGAUAAAUGCUGAAGAGGAUAUAAUUGCAGCUGUAAGCAGUAAUGCACUCUAUUUGGAGACAGAUGACGAAGCAAUCGAAUGCUUAUUUCAGUCUUUGGAAUUUGUUAAUACGACAGGACUUGGGAGACAUCUUCAAGGAAAGGUUGAAACGCCAGUGUUGAAGGACAAGAGAGACCAUUUCGGCCAAGAAUUUAAAUCGGAUGCGAGACAAAGGAAAAAAGAGCUGGAAAAGAAGCAAGAAAGAAGGAGAGCACGAUUAACGGUGGAGGAAAUCAAAUGGGAGCCAAUGAUAUUCCGCUAUAUAUCGAAAACUUUUUUGUCCAGAGGAGUCAUUCAUCCUGAGAGAGGCACACCAAGAAAGGAAGCCAUAGAAAAAAAGUUGGGAAGCUUGGACAUCAACGCCACAUACGAAGAAGGGGCAGGAGGAGAAAAUUUGUCGGGCAUUUGCCCCUACAUACCUGGAAGUGUUCUGGAUAACUGGACUGCGGAAGAGAUUUCUGUAGUCUAUAGAGCUGACUCAGAGUAA